AUCUUCAAGAGUCCCCUCCCUGAUCCCACAGGACAGAACCCGCCUCCGCGUCUUGCGCCUUCAUUUUGUUGGGGUUGACGAGCUCUCUAACCUCAUUGCCCAACAUACCAGUGAAAGGUCCAGCUUCGCCAUGGCUCUUCUGCUCAAGGCCCCGGUGAUUCUCGGCUCAUCAGCUUUCCGUACGCGAGGCCAGCGGAGGAGAUAUUUAUCGACGAGUCCUUCGUUUCCGCGUUGCGCUUCCAUCAGAGCGGAAGCUGAUCGUUCAUCCGCAGGGGGUUCUCUGGAAGUCUGCGAGAAUGCCAAGCUGAGAAGAGAGCCUGCAGUGGUGGAGUCUCCCAGCGAUCCCGCCUCCGACUCGCCUCGUUCGCUCUUCGCUGUGGCGGCUCAGCAUUGCGCCAUUCUCAUCGCCACCGGCGCGCUCGUCAUGUCGCCGGCUCUCGUGGCGGACGCGGCUCAAGGCGGCGGGCGCGUCGGCGGUCAGGCGUUCCAAAAGUCUCGCGCCGCGCCUCCUCCGCCUCGUCCGCGCACACAGAUCAGAAGCAACACCAACAUCUAUGUCGCCCCACCUGUAGUGGUGGCUCCGCCUGUCUAUGGCGGAGGGUUCUUCUCUCCACCCCCGUUCUUCGGCGGAUGGGGCUAUUCCCCUUAUGUGGUGACCCCUGGUCCCUCUGUUGCUAUUGGCGUUGGAGGUGGUGGUAUCGGCUUUUUCUUCAAUUUCUUUUUCUUCGCCAUUAUUGCUGGCGUGCUGUUUAAUAUUGUGAGGGGUCUGUCUAGAAGGGAUGAUGAUGACAGGUACUAGGGUUGCACUGGUGGCUGUGGCGUGAUACACAAAUGCGGCCAGCUGGUUGAUUAUUACAACUCGCUAUCUUUCGUGUAUCUUGUAUAUUGGAGUGGCCCCCUUGUGCACUGUGUUCAUGUCACUUGUUACAUGCAAAUAAUCUCAAUUGAGAGAG